UGCCCUUUUUAAUCCCGAUAUCCAUCUAAUCCACCCAAAUCAUAAUUUCUGUUAUUUCCUUAAACACGCUUCACAGUCUUCACAUCCAUCUUUAUCCAUGAAAAUCCUUCGAUAUCCUUUCAAUUUUGACUAUUCCAAUGUUUUUAAUAUUCUCAAAUACCCUGUUAUCCGAUUGAGUCUCUCAAAUUCCCAGAUAUCUCUCUUAACCACCAAAUCCCGCAAUAAACUUCUAAUCCCACUACCCUUCUAUAUAUCCUUUUUAAUCGCCUUGUUAAUUACUCCUAAUCCCUUCAUAUCCUUUUAUUAGUCCACUGACCGAUUUCCAUUUAUAGUCACUGACGCAUUGUCCUGAACGAAUUUUAUAUUAUUUAUAAAGAUUAAAAAUAAAAUUUAUUUUAUUAAAUAUUCCAAAAUUAAAAUUUAGCUGUUGGAAAAGUAAUAUUCUUAAAAUUAUAUUAUUAAAUAAAAAAUUUUUUGUUUUCAAGCAGUUUUAGCUUUUUUGUUCAUUUUUUCAAUGGUUUGCAUUUUAGGAAUUGAAGGAAGUGCAAAUAAGAUUGGCGUAGGCAUUGUUUGUGAUGGUGAAGUACUCAGCAAUCCUAGACGAACUUUUCAUGCUCCCCCUGGUGAAGGAUUUCGUCCAACCGAAACAGCAGUUCAUCAUCGACAGCAUGUUGUAUCACUUGUUAUUGAAGCUUUGAGAAUAGCGAAAAUUGAGAUUGAUGCAAUUGCUUACACAAAAGGACCAGGAAUGGGUGCGCCUCUGCAGGUUGGCGCUGUCGUUGCCCGUACACUUGCACAAUUAUGGAAAAAGCCUGUUAUUCCAGUCAAUCAUUGUGUUGGACAUAUUGAAAUGGGAAGAUUAAUUACUGGUGCUAAAAAUCCAGUUAUUCUUUAUGUUAGCGGUGGAAAUACACAGGUUUAUUCAUGUAUAAGAGCGAAUUUUUGUGAUUUUUGGGGCCGUAGGCGAAAGGAAAUUCAUUUUUAUUCAUCAUUCCCCUGGCAAUAUUUUCCUUUUCCUCCAUUUUCUGGAUGGGAUUGA